AUGUCGGGAUCGCUAGACCAGAUGAUGGUUGAGGACAUUGCACGGAAUUGCCCCGAGCAGUUUCUUGCGUUUCACAAGUGCAUGUCCAAACCGCCCUCGGAGGCUGAUUGCUUGUUGGAGCAAGAGAACUUGAGCAGAUGCGUCAAGACCAAGGUGCCGCUUUUCCAGAAGAUCCAGAAUACCUGUGCUGGCAAGCUUCAGGGGUACGAGGCGUGCUUGCGUUUGAACGGCGGCGAUCCGAAAAAGUGUCAGAGCGACCUUGACACGCUAAGAGCAUGUGCACUGAGCGUUGCGGGCCAGUAG